CAAAAUAACUUAUACUUUCGCUGUUCUCAAAAAUACUACUUGUUUCAUUUUUUUCAACUUUCAACAAAAUACUUUCACUUUCAUUUUUUUCAAAUUAUUCGUUUAUCCAUGGAUGAUGUGAUUGAACCUGGAAACUACUGGAACUCUGCUUUAGUCUGCUGCAUUUUAGGAGCAAAUCCUCCAUUGGAUAUAAUAAAAGGAUUUCUAUCUAGAAUAUGGAAAACCUAUGAUAUUGAGGACAUAUCCUUCUUAAAGGAAAGUCAAUUCAUUGUUAGAUUUGCUAAGGAGGAAGACAGAGAUGAAAUCCUCAAACGUACCUACUAUUUCAUGGACAAUAAGCCUGUUUACGUACAGAAAUGGUAUCCAGGAUGCAAAGUGGAUGUAAUGUCUCGUAAGGAUAUACCUGUAUGGGUACAAUUCCUAGAACUGGAAAUGAAAUACUGGAGUUUAACAGGCCUAAGCAAACAUGGAAGUGCUAUAGGGAAGCCAGUGAAAAGAGACAAAGCCACAGCGUCUAGAAGGAAAUGGUCUUAUGCUAGAAUCCUAAUAGAGGUACAGGUUAAUCAAACUUUUCCUGACCAAAUCCACUUCCUGAAUGAAGAGGGAAGAAUUAUCUCCCAGUCUGUGAAGUAUGAAUGGGCCCCUUUUUUAUGCUCCCAUUGCAACAAAAUUGGGCAUGAAAUGAUAAACUGUAGAAAGAAGAACCCUCCUACAGAUGCUCCAAAAAAGCCAAAAUAUAUUUGGAGACCAAAGGAUACUAAGAAUGAAGAAAAGGUUGCUGAGGCCAUUAAACCAACUCCUGUGCAAGUCCAUACUGGUCCACAAAACAGCAAGGAGUUUGUCAGUAAUGAGGAGGAAAGAUUCAUAGAGGUUAGUAAGAAGAAGGCUGCAAGGAGAUUUUCCCUGGACAGCAGUGAUAUAUAUCUGGAAGGAAUACAUGAUGUAUGGGACCUGAAGCAUGGAGGUUUUUUGAUGUAUCAAGUCAUCCAGAAACUUAAACUGCUUAAAGGCCCUUUGAGAUCCCUCAAUAGAGAUAAAUUCCAACAUUUGGAUAAGCAAGUCGAUAUCCUGCGCACCAAGUUAUAUCUCACCCAAGCAGCUCUAAAGAAUGAUAUAAAUGAUGAAAACCUAUUGGUUUCUGAAAAAAUCCUAAUCCAGGAGCUUCACCUUAAACUAAAGGCCAUUUAUCUUUUACGCAAGCAACAAGCAAAGGCAAAUUGGAUUACUUUUGGGGAUCAUGACUCUAAACUUUUCUAUGCAUGGGUGAAGAAGAGGAAGGCUACUAAUCACCUAACAUCCAUAAAGAAUACAGAACAGAUCAUUGUUGAAGGCAAGCUGGCAGUAGUAGAAGUGUUGGUUGAGUUUUAUCAAAAACAAUUGGGCAGAUCUAAUCCAACUGAAGAUAUUAAUGGAGAGAUUAUCAGAAUGGGAGACUGCUUGACAAUUAGACAACGGCUGGAGAUAAUUUCCCCUAUUACAACUGAAGAAAUUAGGAAAUGCAUGUUUGAAAUUCCCAAUAAUAAGAGUCCAGGUCCUGAUGGAUUCAGCAGUGGAUUCUUUAAAAGCCAAUGGAGGAAAGUGGGGGGCCUGGUUACCCAAGCUAUUCAAGAAUUUUUUAUAAAGGAGGACACCAUCAAACAAAUCAAUGCUACAAACCUUGUGGUCAUUCCCAAAUGUGAAGAUCCCAAAAGCCCUACUGAUCUUAGGCCAAUAGCUUGUUGUAAUGUCAUAUAUAAAGUUAUAGCUAAGAUCAUCUGCAAUAGACUUAAAAAGGUCUUGCCUAGUAUCAUCAAUUUGAACCAGGGAGCCUUUGUGGAAGGAAGAGAGCUGGUACACAAUGUUCUUCUCUGUCAAGAACUUGCAAGAGGAUACAAUAGAAAGAACAUCUCUCCCAGGUGCUUAAUGAAACUGGAUUUACAAAAAGCAUAUGGCAAUGUGAGCUGGAAGGCCAUCAUCCAGAUCCUCACCUUGUUGAAGUUCUCUUCAAAAUUUAUUAACUGGAUAAAAAAAUACUGUGUGACUACUACCUCAUAUUCAAUACAUUUUGCUGGAGAGAAUUUUGGUUAUUUCAGAGGGGGUAAGGGCAUUAGACAAGGAGAUCCAAUUUCUCCACUGCUGUUUGUCAUCAUUAUGGAAUACUUGUCAAGAGCUUUUCUGUGGUUUGCAUCUAAAGAGCACUUUGGUUAUCAUCCAAUGUGCAAGUCUCUGAAACUCAUCAAUAUUAUCUUUGCUGAUGAUCUUAUAGUUGCCUGUAAAGCAGAUAUAAAAUCCAUCACCUGUAUUAUGAGAGCUUUGCAACAUUUCAGGGAUACCACUGGACUCAAUAUCAAUCAGGGGAAAUCUGAAAUUAUCUUUGGAGGAAUCAAACCUCAGGAGGAAAACGAGCUACUGCAGUUAACCAAGAUGAGGAAAGGACAACUGCCAUUCACAUAUCUGGGGGGUCCUAUUACCUCAUCUAGAAUCAGUGCUAAGGAUUGUGAAAGGCUUAUUGAGAAAAUGACAACUAAGAUCACUGCCUGGACUUCAAAGAACCUCUCUUACGCAGGCAAAUGCAAACUGAUCAACUCUGUGUUAUAUGGUAUUAUCGGUUUUUGGUGUAGGCUAUUUGUAAUUCCUACUAAGGUGAUGAAGCUGGUUCAAGCCCUUUGCAGAAAUUUCCUUUGGGGCUCUACCCAAGAAAGGAAAAGAAUUCCUCUGGGAGGACAUCUGUAUGCCCAGAAAAUACGGGGGGCUUGGAUUCAAAAAUCUAGUUUUGUGGAAUAAGGCGAAUAUCAUGAAACUGAUCUGGGAUAUUUCAUUGAAGAAGGAUGCCCUUUGGAUCAAAUGGGUACAUAUAAAAUAUCUGAAGAAGGGCAGUAUUUGGGAUCAUCAUAGUAGAAAUGAUAGCUGCUUUUAUUGGAAGAAACUGAUCCAGGUGAGAGACUGCUUUGCUGAGAUGGAUACUACUACUGCCUAUAACCCAAACGCAGGAUACACUUGGUUGUUGGGAGAGAAACAAAAGGCAGACUGGGAU